CCCACUUCUAAUACGCAUGCGCACUUUCGACCCAAAAAUGUUGGCGGCGCUGGUGUUAGCGUUCGUUCUUGGAGGCUUGUUUUCCCUGCUCCUGGCGGCCUCGGCAUGGCUCUACACUACUGCAGUGGGGAAGAGAGAGAAGGCGUGGGCAAUAUCUCCCUUCAAGUUGCCUCAGUUUCCAAGUGACGUAAUGGGUGUUGGGGGUGAGGAAGAGUCGUGCAGGUGGUUCAAUCUGGUGACGUCAUUCCUAUUUCAGGAGCUGCGAGACACCGCAGAGGUCAAGGGUUUGAUUCUGAGGAAGGUGAACAAAGAAUUCAAUGAGCUAAUGUUCACCAAGAAAGAAGGUCGCAUGUUGGAACAGCUGACUGUUAGAGACUAUGACUUGGGCACUUCACUGCCCACCUUCAGUAAUGUAGUGGUGCUGAAGAAGAAGUUGAACAACGAUACCGAUGAACUGGAAGAUCUAUGUCUUGGAGUGAAUGUGGAAUACUCUGGAGGAUGUAGGAUUGGGAUCGAUGCUGAUCUAAUAUUCAAUAGAGUGGCAUAUGUAGCCAUCCAUGUUGUGAAGGUGAAAGGUUGCGGUCAGCUCCAGUUUGCCACGGAACCACAUACCCACUGGUCCUUUUCCUUCUGUGAGGAUCCAGAGUUGGACAUUGUUGUGGAAUCUACGUUUGAGGGGCGGAGUUUCCCUCAACUCAGUUUGUUCAUGGAGGGGCAGCUGAGGAGAUGGGUGAGACAGAAACACACUCUCCCAGCACACAAGACGAGGUACAAGCCGUUUUUCUCCAAACCUAAGCCACAGAGCCAGCUUGAUGAGCUGUAUGUGCACAACCAGAAGCUGACAGUUGGUCGGUUGUAUGUGGAGAUAGUAAAGGUUUCCCGAUUGCUCCAUUCUCCAUCUGCAGUGGCCACCUUUUGUACCCUCAACACUUCAUCGUUACCAUGGCAGCCGUUGCUAGGAGUGUGGCGCAGCAGAUGGGCGGAGCACGAGUUCAGAUUUCGUCUGCAUGACUCGCUGGGUAUUCGCUAUCGUCUGGUGGUGUGGGAUGGGAAGGAGGAGAGAGGAAGUGAGUUCGUCGUCAUCUUUGAGGUGGUGGGAGGCUCGUUAGCUGCCUCUUCUGGUGUCCGAGAGGGUGAUAUCAUUGUGAGGGUGAACAAUGUGAAGGUUCAUUCAGUAACUCAGGUACAGAAGACUAUUAACAAGACCAAACAUGGCAGCAUCCUACUGACUGUCAAGAGACCGCCGAAACACAUUUCCAGUCACAUGCUCCAGUCUGGCAACGCCCACAGAGCCACACCCACCUCACAAAGAACUCCCUCAGGUGUGAGCAGUGAUGUGGAGGGAGAAGAGAGUGUGACGAGGGAAGAUGGGGACUCCAUCAGUCUGCGGGGAGUGGGAGGAGAGAGAGGUUUGUCCUCUGGUCAGAGGACAACUGCACACUCCCUGGAUGCUAAGGCAGAAGUGUUGCCAAGGGAUACAAGGAAUGUUGAUGAGGAGGAAGCAGUUGUGAGACAGACGGACGAAGUUCCACGAGGUUCUCACUGGUCACGGAAUAAGUUCUGUUUGAACGUGCUUCCUCACCACCGCUACCUCAACCUGUGUGUGUAUGACAGACUGGGUACCAGUGAAGGCAGGAGAGAACUGCUUGUUGGACAUGUUACAGUCCCACUGAUGGAUGUGGCUCUAGAGUGUCUGGUCUCCUCCUCUGGCAGACAUCAUCAGAAGUAUGUUCUCCUGGCUCCUCAACCCUACCGUGCCACCUCAAGUCGUGCAGCGAUUCAGGCGUCGGAGGGGAGGAGGGGAGAAAGGGGGAGAGGGAAGGGAAGGGAGGAGAAAAAGCAAGAAGAAGACAAAAAGUUUGUUGGGUCGCUUCUCCUGAGGUUCAGGUACUCUACUCUGCAACACAAGUUCAGAAAUGAGGAGGACGAGGAGGAGGGAGAUGAUGGAGUGGAGACAUGUGACAGUCCAGUAGAGGAGGAGGAGGAGGAGGAGGAGGAGGCUGUUGAACUGCAGCAUCAGUUCAAUGCCAAAGAAAUGGAAGGCACUCAGAAAUGCAACAUCUGCACAAAAAGAAUUUGGGCUCUGAAGGGACGGGUAAUGGUGUGCACUCAAUGUGGGGUGCAGUGCCACAAGAAAUGUCUUCCUCUAGCCCACCAACGCCUGCCCUGCUGGUGAGGGUGUUCCAGUGGGGAAACAGUUAGCCAGUUUCUCUGCAGGUCUGUCGUCCAGCCAGCCCUUCCGAUGACUGAGUCAAGAGGUUUCCAGAUUUACGGAGAUUUGAGAGGGGAGGAAGGUAGGGAACAUCGCGGGCUGGAACAGCAGAAUUCAGAUGAGGGAUUUGUGACCGUUCCAACUACUGAGGAUGAUUUUAUCCGAGUAGAGAGAGAGGGAGGGAAUGAGGGAGAGGAGGAAGGGGAGGAUGAACAAGAAGAAGUGGACGUGAAUGAGGUGUCAUGGACAACAGCGGUAGAGCCAGAUGAAGAGGAGAGGGAGAGCAGCAAUAGUUCCUCUGAUGAGCCAUCCUCUGCUCCAGAAAGUGAGGAUGAGAGUGAGCAGGCAUUGGCUGAGUUGUUGGCCUGGAGAAUGUUUUCUCAUCUCCCGGAGCCAGAGAGACCAGCUGCCAUACAGAGCAAGAUUGCUGAACUGGAGAGUGAGGUUGUGAGAGUGGAGGAUCUCAUAUCCAGUCUUCAGACUGAACUGAGUGCUGGUCACGGGAACCAGGAGAGUCUGAGGGAACAACUGAGACAACACAGAGAAAAGCUUGAGCCGCUGAAGCUGAUGAAACAGCAGUAUACUCUUGGUCUCCAGGAGAUGAGCUCUACUGUCAGUGAACAUUGACAAUAAUAAUAAUUAUUAUUAUAAUACUAAACCAGUGUUUUCAUGGCUCAUUCUGGACAUUCGAUCAGUAAUCACAGAAAUGAUGAUAAUUGAGCAGCCAAAUUGUUAGUCUGUGACUAGUUCCAGCCAAAAGAUAUGCUGGAGUGUCCUCCAGGAGGGUGGAGAGCGCGAGAUGAUGCUCGUUGUCCCUUAUGGCAUGGUUUGUCUUCUCCAGCAGGAGAGGCUUCUUUGGAGGGAACUGGCUGCUGGCUGCUGGCCUCCUCUGUGGGUUGGUCUUCUCCCAGAAAUAUGGAACUGCUCCCUCCUGGUGGUUGGAGGACUCUUGAGGACGUUUUUGGCUGCUGUAGCGGCGGAGUCCUUGAUGCAUCCAUUCCUCCUCUUCAUGCACAUUGCUUACGGCACGC